UGCAGGUGAAGUGCUCAGCAACCACAACCCCGCAGCCUGACGCACAGGGCCCAUCCUCUGGCUUGUUUGCACAGCAUGAGUUGCUGAAGUUACUAGGAGACACACUCUGCACAACCAAUGAAACGAGAGCACAAAGUUGAGCUGUGGGAGAUGUCUGAGCGGAGGCAGACGGUGUGUGUGGCCUGAGCUGACGAACCGUGCUGUGCCUUACCUGCCGCUGGCGAUGAUAUGAGGUGACAGAGAUGGCCCGUGAGGUGUGGACGCUCAUGCUCAUGCUCCUGUUCGCGGGCCUUGGCCACGCGCAGAGCGGAGGAGGAGAAGGAGAGGGAGAAGGAGAGGGAGAUGCAGAGCUUGAUGUGGACUGCUUCUCAGAGCUUAGUUUGAAGGACUCCUAUUUAACCUGCCUGUUUGAUGAAGACCUUUUUGGUGCCAACAUAAGCCUCAUGUAAGGACCAAAACCAUACAAAAACAACAUGAGGCAAGACAUACAUCCUUUUUUUUUAUGUUUCCCUGAAUAAUUGAUGCUCACAAUUGAACAUCGUUUCAGCUCCCGGAUUCUUCCUCUCUCACUAGGAGAAGAGAGGAACAUCACUUGGAAUGGAUCCAGGUUCACUGAGAAGGUUUAUAAUAUUCUAUUGAUAUACCAGCUCAUCAUACAUGGCAACGAGAGGCCGCCAAUGAAGAUGCCACAAAUUGUAAAACUUCCAGCACCACAGACCGUAGCAGCCACAUAUCUCAAAAGCCCAGGAGCGGUAAACAUAAGUGUGGGGUACAGGCAUGACUAUGUGAAGUCUUUCAAUUUUGAGGUGCGCAUCUUGGACACGACAACCUCUCAGGAUUGGACGUAUGAAAGCCAAUAUGAGCCUUUCAUGAUGGAGCCAGAUGUGACGCCUGGUUCUGAGUACAGCGUGAAGGUGCGGGUCAAACCUGAGCCAGGCUAUUUCAACGGCCGCUGGUCAGACUGGAGCCACACCAUAAACUUCAUGGUGGACAAAGACAUCCAUAUACCCAGAGAUGAAGCCCAGAGUGAAAACAAAGUGCUGUUGUACAUCAUUAUCAUCGCCAUCAUCACCAUCGUGCUGCUCGUCGUCUGCCUGGCUACGCGGUUCCGCAGGAAAGAACUCAAGGCCUACAUCCUGCCAAACGUCCCACAUCCCAAGACCACUCUCGUCAAUAUGCAGAAAUUUAACAAGAGCCUGCUUCUUAGUUUCAGCCCAGAGACCUUUAACGACAUUCACAUCAAAGGACUGGAUGAAGACGGGGAGGACAAACCCCUCUCCCCCGACGGACAGGAGAGAGCUGGCACCAGGAGCCACAGCCCAAGUCAACUAAGCCAGGUCCUUCUCUGGCAGCUCCCAGCGGGCGACGGACGCCCUGGUGGGUCACAGUCUACACUCCAAGGCAAGGACAGGGGAUCGGAGGACCACGGAGACACGGGGGACAGGGGGUCGGAGGACCACGGAGACACGGGGGUGGCAUCCGGCGGAGGCGUGAGGCUCCUGAGUGAGGCCUACACCACAGCCGACUCUGGAGACAGCAACCCCUCCUCGAUGAGCGCCCACGUACCGCAACGAGAAUGUAAGGACGAGGCCUACGUCACAAUGUCUAGCCUCUUCAAGACACAGUAAGUGUGGAGUAAAGAGUGUGGUGAAGAAAUGGGUGGUUUUACACACACAGGUCACAGGUCAGAGGUCAACUUUACGACCAAGCAGCACCAUGCAACAUUCCAGUCCUUCAAACCUACCGAGCCAAAAUGGCUGAUUGGUUGCCUCAGGUCCUCAGGUCUGACACUGCUGUCACACAAACUCUCUGAUUCAACAUGCCCCCCCCUUGGUGUGACCAUCCAAAAGAUGAUGAGAAAACGUCCAAAAUCACACCGGUAGCUGCUUAUUCUUCUUCCAUGCGAGAGACCAACUGCUGCUUCUGAGUUUUAGAGGGUUUUUUUUUAGAGUUCAUGUGACCAGUCCAUGAAUUUCUGCAAAUUGCACCAGGUUUUUAUCAAGACCACUACCGGACAUUUCCUACAUUUCACUGGACCCAUACCUGCUCCGGAGGGCAGUGAGUGGAUUGCACUGAAGCGUUAAUUAACUUUGGCAAAACACUGCUUAUUUACGCCUUGUACUGUAAAUAGUUCAAAGUCUAUCUCCAGACCACUUUAGCACACAUAAUUCUUCAGUCAAAACCUCAAUAUCAUUGAAACAGUCAAGUACCUUGUGGGGUCUAAUACACACCCCACAUAGUCCUCAGGGUUUUAUAUUUUUAAUCUUUUGUAAAGAGCGUCUAAAUGUUUAGUGUAUGUAUAUGUGUUUACUAGCUAUUUGUACUGAACUAGCAUCUGCGAAUGAAGUGGCUCGCUUGGACUUGUGGUCUACUUACCAUUACAGCACAGUGCGCACAACCAGUUAGUUCCAUGUUUUAAAAACAUCUUUAUCAUAUAUUCCAAUGUUUUGUUAUGGACUGCUAAUGUUCUGUUUUUGUUUAGUAUGGUAUGGUAUUAAAGGUGCGAUAUGUUGUUUUUUUUUGUCAUAUACAAACACGCUGCUGUAAAUGCACCGGUUCUCUUGUACAAAAAAACCUUAAAUAAAGAAUCAAAAUGAACAGCAUGCAAAGGACUACUGAGCAACACUGUAUUUUAACAACAAUUGCACGAUCAGGAUAUGCCAAGAAACGUUUUUAUUUUUGACAUCAAAAACUACUUAUUGCACCUUUAAACUACUAAAUGUGUGCAUCUCUACUUGCCCUGUUAUUUUGACGUGAUAUCGCCUUGAAAUUCCAGUUGUUUAUGUUCUUGUCUGCAUUACUUAAACAAAGACGUCAGCCAUUGGACACAUGACAGUUCAAUGGGUCUGAUCCUCUAUGUGCAUUAUAAACUGACUGUACAUUUUGAGAAACAUGUACUCUACAAUACUUAUCACUUGUGUAAUCCAUUUUAAAAAGGCACUGAAAUAAAGAAGACAUUUACAAA